AUGGGAUCGCGGAGGGCCCUGAGCCGCGAGUGCGGCGCGGACGUCCGGUCCGGGGCGGGGGGCGACGGCGAGGACGACGGGCCAGUGUGGACCCCCAGCCCGGCCAGCCGCAGCUACCUGCUCAGCGUGCGGCCCGAGACCAGCUUAUCAAGCAACCGGUUGUCUCACCCCAGCUCUGGAAGGACCACCUUCUGCUCCAUCAUUGCUCACCUAACAGAGGAGACUCAGCCGCUAUUCGAGACCACGCUCAAGUCCCGGGCUGUGUCCGAGGACAGCGACGUCAGGUUCACCUGCAUCGUCACAGGAUACCCAGAGCCGGAGGUCACCUGGUACAAGGAUGACACUGAGCUGGACCGCUACUGUGGCUUGCCAAAAUACCAGAUCACUCACCAGGGCAACAGCCACACCCUGCAGCUCUACAGGUGCCGAGAAGAAGAUGCUGCCAUCUACCAGGCCUCUGCCCGAAAUGCCAAGGGCAUUGUAACCUGCUCAGGGGUGCUGGAGGUGGGCACCAUGACUGAGUACAAGAUCCACCAGCGCUGGUUCGCCAAGCUGAAGCGCAAGGCUGUGGCAAAGAUGCGGGAGAUAGAGCAGAGCUGGAAGCAUGGGAAGGAGGCGGCCGAGGAGGCCGACACCCUCCGCAAGCUCAGCCCAGACCGCUUCCAGCGAAAGCGACGACUCAGUGGGGCUGAAGUGCCAGUCCCUUCAGCCCCUCCUAGGGAGGCUGAGGGUGGGACCCCGGCAGCCUGGCAGGAGGGAAAGACUGAGCCUGCUCAGCACCCAGGCCUGGGCCUGCUCAACAGUUUUGCUCCCGGGGAGGUGACCACCAAUGGGGAGGCAGCCCUGGAGGAUGGGGAGCAUGGCUUAUUGACAUACAUCUGUGAGACCAUGGAGCUGGGGUCCCAGAGAGCCCCCAAAAAGGAGUCUGGGGCCAAGAAGAAAAAGAAAGAUGAGAAACCUAAGCAAGGUCUGUGGAAGCCAGAGUUAGAGAAGACAGCCCGAGGACACCAUCCUUCUGAAAACCGUGUUCCCAGUUCAGACAAGCCUGACUCCUGUGGAAUGCAGGGGCCCAUGAACAUGGAGCAGGUUCUGACCCUGCCCAGAGGCAGGGCUGCAUGGGGGCCUGGGUCCUCUGGAGCAGAUGGUGCUAGGAAGCCAGCCUCUGCUAAGAGCACUCGAGAUAAGGCCCAGGAUGCCCCUGCUCUGGCCCCUGCUGCAACCCAUGUCCCUGCCCCAGGCCCUGCCCCAGCUCCGGGUCCAGACCAGGAAGUGUACUUCUCUCUGAAGGACAGGUAUCUGGAGAACACCCAGGCAGCCAGGCUUGGGGAGGAGUCCCAGGCCCCAAGUGGCAGGGCACCCAGAGGGACACCCUUGGGGAAGGUAGCUGGCCAGGCAAGAGUCAAGGAGGUGCCUGUCGCCCCUGGCCAACUCACACCUUUCCCAGCCCUCCAGCCAAUGAAGCCUUUCAACAGUAAGAGAUUCGCCCCUCCAAAGCCCAAAGAGGAGCCUACCACCAACAGCAGGCCCGACUCUUGCCUGAGUCAGGCUCCAGAGCCUGGGCUCCAGGGUUUAGGGAAGUCUCCAACUCAAGCAACUGCCACAGUGCCAACGCCCCCUGCCCGGCGGAGACACAGCACCCGGGACAGCCCCUUGCAGGGGCAAGCAGGUCACAAGACUCCAGGAGAGGCCCCAGAGUCCCAGGCAACCACGGUCCCCAUCACAUCGGCCAGCAGCAUCUCUGAUGUAGCCUCCCAUGGUCCCAGCACCUCUGGAAGUCAGGGCACUACUGAGCCUAUGGAUACAGAAACCCAGGAGGACAGGAGAACCUCUGCUGACCAGAGAACAGGAGGCAACAAGAACGCACAGGUGGAUGGAAAGACACAGAUGGACAGGAGGAUGCCCACAGAUGGGCAGACACAGGAAGAUAGAACACAGAUAACCCAGAGGACACAGGCAGAGAGCAAGACACAGGUGGACGUUGUGACACAAGAAAGUGGGGGGGCACAGGUAUACAGGGGUUCACAGGAGGAUGUGGUGACACAGGGAAGGGCAGGGACACAGGAAGAAAGGACACAGGCAGAUGAGAAGAUCCAGGAAGACAGGAAGACACAGGCAGAUGAGAGGACACAAGAAGACAGAGGGAUACAGGGAGAAAAGGGGAGGCCGUCAGAGGAGAAUGUACCCACAGCCAUAGCAAGUCAGCCAGAGGAGGAGCCCAUGAGCAGCCUCAGCUCACAGUCCAGAGCCCCUGCAUCCUCACCUUCAGAGGGCCCUAGGCCUCCUCAGAUUACCAGAUGCUUUGAGCAGACCCCAGAAGGGUCUUCUGUCCCAGAAAAACCUGGUUUUGUGCUCAGCUCUGAGGAUGCAGCAGUAACAGCCUCCAGAAAACAUGAGGAAACUAUGCUGGGCCCCCUGUCAGGGAGCCUCACGUUCCCAGCACAGCUGCUUCCUGGGGGGAGCUUGGAGCAGAUGGGAGGAGAGAGAUGUCGAGGGCCAGGGUGGUCAAGCCUGGCCAAGGAGAAGAUGGAGGACAGCUUGUUCCAGUGCCCCAAGGAGGACCAGCUGAGGGAAGAGCUGUCUGUGGAUCUGAGCAGCUGUCCUCCAGCUGGCCUGAGCCCAGAAGUGCCCACCAUGCCUUCUCUUCCUGGGACUGGCCUGACCAAUAGCUCAUCGGAGGGGCUGCCCAGCGCCCUUACUUCUCAGCACAUGAGCACAGCUGCCGUCCUGCCCUCGGGGGCUCAGGCCUUGCUCGGGUCUUCCCCCACAUUGCACCUGGGGCCGGGGACACCCACCCAGAGUCACCCACCAGAAACCAUGGCUGCCAGCAGUGAGGGGGCCUGUGCCAAGGUGCCAGAUGUGGAGGGUACAACCUCAGGUCCCCGGACCUGUGACCCUCGCCUCAUAGAUUCCCUGAAGAACUAUUUGCUUCUGUUGCUAAAACUAUCUGGCACAGAGACAAGUGGAGGGGCAGCAGAGUCCCAGGCGGGCAUGGCGACCGGGGCCCCAGUGUCCUCACCUACUCUGGUCCCAACCGUGGAAGUGGCCGGUCUGAGCCCGCGGACGUCGCGGCGCAUCUUGGAGCGCGUGGAGAACAACCACCUGGUGCAGAGUGCACAGACCCUGCUGCUGAGCCCCUGCACCUCCCGCCGCCUCACUGGUCUCCUGGACCGUGAGGUGCAGGCUGGCCAGCAGGCCUUGGCGGCUGCCCGGGGCUCCCGAGGCCCUGGCCCCAGCCCCCUCACUGUCCCCGCCAUCGUGGUAGGCGAGGAGGGCCCUAGGCCAACCUUGGAAGAAGGAUCCAGUGAGGGUGAGGGUGAAGGUGAAGGAGAGGUUUCCUUUGAGGGGUCUGACCUCCUAGGUGCCGCCCCGGAGAGCAGCUUGGGCAGACCAGUGAGGGAGGUGAGUGGGCAGGCAGCCCCUGGGCAGCAGGGACUGCUCUCAGCAGAGAGCAGAGCCCAGGAGCCCUUCCGAGAAGAGACAGUUCCAGGGGAGGCUCUGACAGGCCUCCCUGCAGCCACACCUGAGGAGCUGGCUCUGGGGGCCCGGAGGAAGAGAUUUCUCCCUAAGGUUAGAGCAGCGGAAGACGGGGAGGCGGCCAAACCCGAAGAAAGGGAGAGUCCCACAGUUUCCCCCCGGGGGCCCAGGAAGAGCCUGGCGCCUGGGUCACCAGGGACUUCAGGGCGGGAGAAACGCUCCCCUACCCUGGGCAGGAAGGCAGGUCUGCUGGAGGUGCCGCGGGCAGAGGAGGAGCUGACACCAGGAGACCUGGGCACCAGCACCAAGGCCAGUGGCCUGGACACAGAGCUGGCCCUGGAUGAAGGCAAGCAGGAUGCUCUGGCCAAGUCCAGGAAAGCCAAGGACCUGCUCAAAGCCCCACAGGUCAUCCGGAAGAUUAGGGUGGAGCAGUUCCCUGAUGCCUCGGGCAGCUUGAAGCUCUGGUGCCAGUUCUUCAACAUUCUUAGUGACUCAGUCUUGACAUGGGCCAAGGAUCAGCACCCAGUGGGCGAGGUGGGCAGGAGUGCGGGGGACGAGGGGCCAGCGGCCUUGGCCAUCGUGCAGGCGUCCCCCGUGGACUGCGGCAUGUAUCGGUGCACUGUCCACAAUGAGCACGGCUCCGCCUCCACUGACUUCUGCCUCAGCCCUGAGGUGUUGUCAGGAUUCACCUCCAGAGAAGAAGGUGAAGUUGGAGAAGAGAUUGAGAUGACCCCUAUGGUGUUUGCUAAGGGUCUGGCUGACUCUGGCUGCUGGGGGGACAAGCUCUUUGGGCGCCUGGUGAGCGAGGAGCUCCGAGGGGGUGGACAUGGGUGUGGCCUUCAGAAGGCCUCCCAGGCCAAGGUCAUCUACGGGCUGGAACCCAUCUUCGAGUCAGGCUGCACCUGCAUCAUCAAGGUAUCCAGCCUGCUUGUGUUUGGGCCAAGCAGUGAGACCUCUCUCCUGGGCAGAAACUACGACGUCACCAUCCAGGGAUGUAAGAUCCAGAACAUGAGUCGCGAGUACUGCAAAAUCUUUGCGGCUGAAGCCCGGGCUGUGCCUGGCUUUGGGGAGGUGCCUGAGAUCAUCCCACUGUAUCUGAUCUACCGGCCUGCAAACAGUAUCCCAUAUGCCACCCUGGAGGAGGACCUGGGCAAGCCCCUGGAGUCUUACUGUUCUCGGGAAUGGGGCUGUCCUGGGGCCCCAGCAGCGUCUAGCAACUCUGAGGCUGUGCAGAAAUGCCAGACCUUCCAGCACUGGUUGUAUCAGUGGACAAAUGGCAGCUUCCUUGUCACAGAUUUGGCAGGGGUUGACUGGAAGAUGACUAAUGUGCAGAUUGCCACCAAACUGCGAGGGUACCAAGGCCUCAAGGAGAGCUGUUUCCCUGCCCUGCUGGACCAGUUUGCCUCCUCACACCAGUGCAACGCCUAUUGUGAGAUGCUGGGGCUAAAAACUAUCAAGGGCCCUGAGGUUGCCCAUGCCCAGGCCAAGCCCAAAGGCUCCAAGAGUCCAUCGUCUGGCAGGAAGGGUGGCCAGCUGAGUCCUCAGCCCCAAAAGAAAGGCCCGCCCAGUCCUCAGGGCACCCGCAAGAGUGCCCCAAGCUCCAAGGCCACUCCUCAGGCCUCAGAGGCAGUCACUGCCCAGUUAUUGGGACAGCCUGCCACCCAAGAAGGGGGCUCCAAGGUCCAGGGCAUGCGGUAG